AUGUAUGGACUGAAUAAACAGGCUCGGAGAUUGAGAGAUCCUAGGAGGAGCACUACUGCAACAGCCUUGUGCUCUGGUGCUGGAUGUUUGUUAACUGGGAAAGCAGGAAGUAGGCUGACCUGGGCCGAGAGACAGAUGCGGUUCAUGCAUGUCCCCCCUCUCCUGAGGCGCCGCCUCCAGGCCACGGACUUGAGCAGCCGGUGGAACGAAGCGACGCGGAGAUGUGUGGCGCACAGUGACCAGAGCAGGCCGGGGCCAGGCACGGACAGGCAGCAGGAAAGCCCGGGGACUGUUGCUAGGGGGCAGGAUAUACAGGCCGCACCGAGCCCUGAGCUGGAUUGUGUAGCGGCAGCACAUGAGCAGGCAUGCAACGCAGGGCAAGAAACAUAUAUAGAUCCGCAGACUGGAUAUGUGGUAUUUACCAGAAUUGCUCAUGUGAGAAGAGGCAAAUGCUGUGGGAGUGGAUGUAGACAUUGUCCAUAUGGCCAGGAAAACGUUAAAGACUCAUCAAAAAGAAAGCAAUUUAAUUCAUUUUAUUAUACAUGACAGCUGAAUUCAAUCGUUCUACGAUUGCUUUCAUUAAUUGUACAGAUUUUAAAAUAUAGUACUGCAAAGCAAUUGUAUUUAGUCCUGCUAACCAUCCUGUCCUUCUUAAGUAAUGAAUCCAACAUUAAUUCUAAUAAACAUCAAAUGGGUAGCAAA